AUGAUUGAAGACCCUGCAGAAGAUGAAGUGGGCACUCUAUCUUUGGAAGAAAACAUAGAAGAUGAAAUUGGUAAUAUCACAGCUGUUGAACCAACAAAUGAGUGGACUGAAUUAAGGAAUCAAAUGGCUGUGGACAUUAUGGACUCAGAAUCUCAACAAAGGGGUCGUGGACAAAAUAAACGAUACUGGACGGCAGAAGAAGACAAGGCUCUAAUUGAUGCCUUGGUUGAGCUUUCUGUCAAUCCCAUUUGGAGGGCUGAAAAUGGGUUUCGAGGUGGAUAUCUCCUUCAGUUGGAAAAAAUGAUAAAAGACAAAAUUCCACAGACCAUGUUGAAAGCUGUGCCGAAUAUUGAAUCCCGGGUAAAAUUAUUGAGAACUAAAACUACUGCAAUUGUUGAUAUCUUACGUGUUAGUGGGUUUGAUUGGAACUAUGAACGUAGUACCAUCAUGUGUGAGAAAAGUGCAUAUGAUGAAUAUGUCAAGGCACAUAAGGAAGCUGCUGGUUUGUAUGGGAAGUCUUUUCCAUUUUUCAAUUAUCUUGUUGCAGUUUUUACAAAAGAUAGGGCUUAUGGCAAUGCAAGGGCUGAUAUCGGAGAUGAGGCAAGACAGGUGGAAAAUGAGGACGAUAAUAUUUUCGAGGAGGAUGUGGGUUUUUCUCAAGUGUCUAUUGAGGAAUUUUCUAUGCCUUCUCAAGAAAAUGAUGAAACUCCAUUGGCAACACCUAUGGAAUCGAGCAAAGAUGUGACUCAAAGACAUCUACACAAAGAAAAAGAAAAGGAAUUCCAACAGAAUCAACUAUGGACCAAAUUUCAGUAA